AUGACCCGACAUCUAUCGUGUAUAUCAUCUUUCGGCGACCGCUUUGCGAUUGUUGAGCCUGUCUGGGCUCGUAUUUGGCAAUGGCUAGCAGCUCUGCUGAAGCCACUCGAUACCCUGACAGACGUGCAGCCCGUGGUCAACGAUCUUUCCCUUGAUCCCACCAGCCGCUGCAUGCUGACAGUGUUCUCCUUCUUGAAUUCCAUUGCCUCACCCACUCGAGCCACCCUCGUUGAACUGGGAAACUUUACUAAGAAACUUGCAGCUCAACACAACGCAAUAUCGGUACUGGCCAAAGUCUGGGUUGCCUGCGUCGUAAAGCAAUGGUCGCUCUUGGUUCAUCACAACGUCACGCAGUUUCUUGUUGUAUUUUGCCGUUCGAUGGAGAACACUCCCUUCGACAACUCUUUCCGUGUCGCUGUGGCGAAUUUUUGUCCUGGUUCUGAAUUGCUGCCCGUGUGGUCAACGGCUGCUUCAGAUUUAUGUGGACAGUCGCCACACCCUGAUCCAGAACGUCGGCUUGUAGCUGCCAAUCAAGGAAUGCUUAUAGCUGCGACAACCUCAAUCUUCCAAUCUUUUCCAACCCUGGACAAAGUUGACGUUACUUUGAACCACGUGUAUAUUCUAUGGAACCGAUGCAUCGACAAAACGCGGAUGCCAGAUGCUCGUUUCGAAGACCUUCAUUCCAUUACCAUCUAUUUCCUUGCCAGGUUCUCGUUGCGACUCAUUUCCGGUGGCGGCCCAAAUUGGAUCGCUAAAGCACUACACACCAACCUCUUGUAUCUAGUAGCCAAAACAAUGGACUGGAUGCAAACCUCGGUUGACGUUGUGGCUAUUCCUGGUCCUCGCAGUCGCGGAUCACUCACUCCGUCAGAGCGUUCCAUGAGUGUCAGUAUCUCUACCCCGCGCGGGGAUACGCCAUCCAAACGGUCAACACUUGAUACUGUGCCUACACCCAGUACCUCAUUCUUGGAGGAGCUUCGACAAUACGAUCAAAAUAGAGCUGAAGAAAACCGGGAUUUGGGGGAUGCUUUACGAGAUUUGCGAGAAGAGCUGUUAGGGCUUUCUGACUCUCAUCCAAUUCCCUCCCAGGAACCACCUCAAACUCCUUCAUGUCCAAGGUAUCCGCGACAACCCCAGUACCCGCAACAGCCAUAUCUACACUAUGCUGAAGAGCGUGUCGGAAGCAGUCGUGCCAUGAGCGCUGACGAGAACCGAAGUCUUUCUUUAGCUCCUUCCUCGUUGAAUCGUACGCCGAGCUCAACGAGUAGUAUGUCGUUCUUGUCUAGCCAUCAUUCUGACGAUUGGCUUUUGUAUCCAAGGCCUCAGCCGCCUGGUUCUCCCGUUUCUCGUAGAUCUAUCUGA